AACCGAGAUUCAGGAUUUGUGAUUUCACCGAAAAAUUCGAAUUCAUUUUCAAUAUAAGAUUUUCUGUACACAAGAAAAAGAGAGAAAGGGCACAAUUAGCUGAAAGAAAAAGGUAAAUAAUGGCGUCGUCAAGGGGAGCAGGAAGCCAGCAAGUGAUUCGAAUGGCGGACUUGGAGAUGAUGAGCUUGGAUCAGCUCAAAGCAGUGAAAGAACAAGCUGAUAUUGAAGUCAAUCUAUUACAAGACAGCCUCAACAACAUCCGCACCGCCACCGGCCGCCUAGAGAACGCCUCCGCCGCCCUCCACGACCUUUCCCUCCGCCCCCAAGGGAAGAAAAUGUUGGUUCCUCUCACUGCUUCGCUCUAUGUUCCGGGCAUACUUGACGAUGCCGACAAGGUUCUCGUUGAUAUCGGCACUGGAUACUUCGUUGAGAAAACUAUGGCCCAAGGCAAAGAUUAUUGCCAGCGUAAGAUCAACUUACUGAAAUCCAAUUUCGACCAACUCAUUGAGGUUGCAUCCAAGAAGAAAACAUUAGCUGAUGAAGCUGGAGUAGUUUUACAAGCAAAAAUAAAGCAGUUAUCUCCUUCAAGUUAGGAAUUGCAUGACCUCGGAAGUAUCUUAUUAUCAUUGAGUUCUGAAGAUGCUGCGAAAAGGAUUGCUUAGAACUUCAUUGUUGGUGAUGUUAAACGUUAUCUUCUUAAUGCUUUCAUUUUUUAUGAUAGGUAGAAAUGAUGAUCUUUCCAAUUCAUAAUCUAUAGUGGCCGGUUGUUUAGAGAUGCAUAAUUGGUUAUUUCUAACAAUUUUAUACUUCCGACAAGUUUCUGAAUAUUUUGUGAUGUUAAAUUAAAGAAGUUAUGUUGUGGUA